ACCAACUCCAGAGAGACUCUGCGAAAACCUAAACCCCCUUAAACCCCAGAACCCCAAAAAUGAACAUCUUCUUCACCUAUUCCUCCCAUUUCCUCAAACCCAGCUCCAAAACCCUCCACCCCAUCCCUCUCCUCCUCCACAACCUCACCUCCACCAGACCCAUCUCCAAAUCCACCUCCAUCCCCAAGAAAAUGGACCGCGUCCGCGACCACGGCUACGACAACUACAUGGAAAUCGAGAAGAAGAUCCGCAAAGUCCUCAAAUUCCAGGCCCUCAUUCUCUCCCAGCCCCACCAGAUCAUCCAAGCCUCUCGCCUCGACAUGCUCGCCCGCCGCCUCGGCUUCAAGCAGCACGAGGCCGCCGCCUUCGUCCUCAAGUUCCCUCACGUCUUCGAGAUUUACGAGCACCCGGUUCAGCGGGUCCUCUAUUGCCGGCUGACCCGAAAAGCCCACCUCCAAAUCGAGCAGGAGAAGCGGGCCCUGGCGGCCCAGGUCCCCGACGCCGUGACCCGGCUCAGGAAGCUGGUGAUGAUGUCCAACACGGGUCGGAUCCGGCUCGAGCAUGUUCGGAUUGCCAGGUAUGAAUUCGGGCUACCCGAUGAUUUCGAAUACUCUGUAGUUCUCAAGUACCCUGAGUAUUUCAGAUUGUUUGAUGCUGAUGAGAGUAGGAGUAAGUACAUUGAGGUAGUUGAGAAGGACCCAAGUUUAUCUGUUUGUGCUAUAGAGAAGCUUAGGGAGAGAGAGUAUAGGGAGAAGGGGGUUGAUGCUGAGGAUAUAAGGUUUUCAUUCAUUGUGAAUUUUCCGCCGGGGUUUAAGAUAGGGAAGUAUUAUAGGAUUGCGGUGUGGAAAUGGCAGAGAGUGCCGUAUUGGAGUCCUUAUGAGGAUGUUUCGGGGUAUGACAUGAGGUCGCUUGAGGCGCAGAAGAGGAUGGAGAAGAGGGCCGUGGCGGUGAUUCAUGAGCUGUUGAAUUUGACCGUGGAGAAGAAGAUUACGUUGGAGAGGAUUGCGCAUUUUAGAAUGGCGAUGAAUCUGCCGAAGAAGUUGAAGGAGUUUCUUCUGCAGCAUCAGGGGAUUUUCUACAUUUCGACUAGGGGGAAUCACGGGAAGCUGCAUACGGUGUUUCUUAGGGAGGCUUAUAGGAAGGGUGAGUUGGUAGAGCCGAAUGAUUUGUAUUUGGCGAGAAGAAAGUUGGCUGAGUUGGUGUUGAUGAGCCCAAGGAAGGCGAAAAUGGAUAGUGAAUUGGUUAGUUACCAUAGAGACUGGGGAGAUGAUGAGAGGGGGUUCGUUGGAAGAGAAUGUGUUGAGAAUGCUUUUGAAGAUUUUGGGGGUUGCAAUGAUGAUAGGCAGAGGAGGGACUCAAAUGCGGGUGAUGAUUAUGACUCCGAUACAGACGAUGGUUCUGAUAAAACUCUGGAUGAAAAGGAUGUCUGUGUAACGGAUUGAUUGAGACAACAUUUAUUUGCUCUUCAAAGCAUCAAAACCAUGGGUGUUGCAAUGUGUUGAUGGUACUAGGAGAUUGAAGUGAGGGAGAAUUUGAUCACCAUUUUGCAGGCCAAGGUUUUAGGAUUGAAGGCUGCAGUCACAAGAAAAAGCCACAACAAGAUUGUUUCGUUGCUUCUGGAGAAUGGAGCUCAUGUGAAUUCCAGAAGUUACUGUGGCAGAGGUGGAUUGCCGCUGUCCAGAGGGAAUGCGAGUCCCUGGCUUUCCUCAUGUCCUUUAAAAAUGAAGUUCCUAGAGGGUUAAGUAGGAAUUCAAAGAAAAGCAUGCUAAGGCUGGCACAGUGUAUGAUGCAAAGAUUUUGUAGGGGGGUUUGUGGCUCAUCAGUGUACCCAUGGGACAAACUCUGUAUUGAUAAUUUUAGUGACAAUAUGAGGGUUAUGGUGCAUCAAAGUUUGGUGGCCGGUGAGCCAUCUGGUUUCGUGUUGAGUGCUGCAACAUCUGUUCGGAUGCCAGUGUCAAGGUCAAGGCUGUUCGGAUGCCAGUGUCAAGGUCAGCUGCCAUCCAUUGCAAGCCAUGGUACAGAUUGACUAGGAUCACGGAUGUUGCAAACAGUGAUUCUCUCUUUAAUGCCAAGUGUCUUGAUAUCAAUAACAAUUAUUACAUGCUGAUGUUCCAAGAGACGAGGACGGACGCUUCAGGGUCAGCAGUUGUGUAUGCACUGAUUACUUCAACAAGUUCAGAUAUCAUGAUGGAUGCCGUGUACGAGGGUGGUGAUUCUACUUAUGUAAAUCUUUUACCAUCAGGAUUUGCAAUCCUUCCUUGUGGUACAUCUGACUAUGCCAAAGGCGAAGGAAAUGGCUCUGACGACGGUGAAUGUCUGCUAACAGUUGGAUUCCGAGUCGUGUGUGAUGGUGGGCAACCGACUUCCAAGCUCACUAUGCUGUCGGUUAAGACUAAAUUGAUCUCAUCUCCCCCAGCAUUCAGAAGAUCAGAACUGGCUCUUCAAAUAAAUGAUGGCCCUUGAAAUACAUGAUGUUUAUGAUCGUUCAGCUUAGUUUAGUUUCCCUUGUCUUUGUCUUUUGUGCUUUGAGAAAAGAAAAUACAGGAGAUGGAUGUAAAGUAAAACCUUUGCAUUUAAGGGUUUCGAGUCAAGAACGAAUCGCAUUUGGAAUACUGUUUUACGCUGAUACCGGUGCUCUUGCUUAUUAGGGAUUAAUGGUCUGAUUUUAAGCUCAAAAGAACAAAGGUUCGGGUAUUAACUCAGUGGACCUGGGAUAUG